AACGUCGCCUACAGAGUUGAUGGAAACUUGAAAAUCAAUCGCGUCUGAUGUUUUGGUGGUGUCCUGGUAUCAUUAUUCAUUCGGAUCCAAAAGUGUUGUGCACGCACGGUGCGUGGGUGGUCCGAUUCUAUUAAAAGCAUCCAGAGAAUAAAUCUAUCGCACUACGCGCUACGGUCGGUCUAGAAAAUAUGUGAAUAGGUACCAACAACGUCAGUGAUUGGCUCUAUUCGGUCCGCAGUUUUCCUCCAUCACGUCAUUAUGGUCAGUCGGAUCCCCCGGAUGUUGUAAUGCAGUGGUAAAAUUAAGCAUCAACACAAAGCCAGUCAGUUUGAAUCGCAUAAAAGUGUGUGGAAAAGGUGAUAGAUUGCAACAUUCGUUCGUCUAGGUACUUCGUCGUCGUCGUUCGUGACUAAUCUUGGUGGAAGAGGGAGCAUAAUCUACGACGACGAAGCCAGCCAGUGUAUACGAAAAUAAUGUACCCCACGAAUGGCAAGCAAAGUGGUUUGUUUCCCCUGGCCGGUGGAGACGUCUACCGACGCUUGCAGGAUCCGGAAGCGGACGAUCGCAGUAUUAGCUCGACCAGCAACGAAACCGACGCCGACGAGUACCAUUCGUUGAUUGACGAGACGUGCCGGAAGAGCUCCAAAGGCGGAUACGAACAGCAUGCGGGCAGCAGGGCAAGCCGGACGAUUCCCUCCACGGGAGGGAACAACUGCUCGAGGAAUCGAGUGUUCCUAGUCAUAAUAGCGAUGUUUUCAUUCAUAACUCUGCUACUAACGACAGUGCCACUGGGAGGCGAUAAGGGACGAGUCGGGACGAUCGCGGGUUGGAGUGCAAAUACGUCGAGAUUAACGGUCAACUACGUGCUCCCGGCGGAGAAUACCACCAUCAUCGAUCCGUUGAACAUCUGCACGACGGAGGAGCGGACCGGAGACGGGAGCGAAAAUGAGAAAGUUUUCCUACUGAUCGUGGUCUGUUCGUCGGCUAAGAAUUUCGAAGCCCGGCAAACAAUCCGGGAAACCUGGGGCAAUGUGAGUGAAUUCAACUAUGCGCAGUUUGCGCCGAUGCAUGCCCGGUUUAGGGGCGAAUAUCUGGAACCACGACAGUUCAAGCACCUGCGGGAUUUCAUGAAAGGGGUUGUGAGUGAGGAUGUGACCGCGGAAGAUGAUCAGCCAACAGAACCACAUCAGCAGCCACCGCCGAGCAGAAUCUGGGAAGUGCCCAAAACCGGAAACAGCACCCCCACGUUCCGGAGCAACGGAACUGAAAACAAAUCUAGUCAAUCAUUGGGUGAUACAACGGAACCACUUACAACGACAACCACCUCGGCUCCCCCGCUGUGGGCGAGCCAAAACUUCAACGUCAAGGUAGUAUUCCUGCUGGGCCAGUCAGAGUCGGACUAUCUGCACCAGAGGCGUAAGUUGCAGCUGCAUUCCUCCGAUCGCACAGCGACGACCGAUUAUUCCCAGCAACAGCAAACGGAGUCCCAGAGGAAAUCGGCCGGUGUAAGUUUAUUCCCCCCGGAGGGUGAUGUGGAUCCGGCUUUCAAUGUCCGGGAAGAGGAACUGGACGAACUGCAGGCACGGAUUGUGAACGAGAGUGAAGUCUAUGGGGACAUAAUUCAGGAGAGUUUCAUCGAUAGUUAUAACAAUUUGACGCUGAAGACGAUCAUGAUGCUGAAGUGGGUGAUCAACAAUUGCGACGGACGAGUGAAGUACAUCAUGAAGUGCGACGAUGAUACGUUCGUGAACGUCCCAAACCUGCUUCAGGUUCUACUCGGGGGCACGGUUCCAGUUUACCGGGCAUCGCUACCGUUCUACGAUAGAAACACAAUCGAUGUAAUGUCCAGCAAGAACCGGCUGGCCGAGGUUAAACGGUUGCUAACAGGAUUUCUGUUCUGCGAAGCCAAGCCAAUUGGAGAUACCAGCAGCAAGUGGUACUCUCCGAACUACAUGUACAACAAAGAAUUCUAUCCGGAUUACCUAUCCGGCACGGCAUAUCUCAUGAACCUGAACGCAGCCAAGCUGCUCUACCGUACGUCGUUGACGACACCGAUCUUCCACCUGGAAGACGUCUAUCUAACGGGGAUCGUGGCCGACCGGGUCAAACUUCGUCGCCACCACCAUCCCCUGUUCUUCUACUCCACUACCAAAGAUCUCUGUUCCCUGCGGGGAAUGAUCUCGCAGCAUCAGCUGCAACCGGGCGAUCUGCGUAGUGCGUACGAUUUCAUCACCAAUCGAACCAUUGUGUGCGGGGUGCAGGAUCGAAAUUUCAGCAUGGUUAAAAUGAAACUGCAACAGCGGAAAAAGUGCCACUGACACGGAGAACGGCGGGCCGCCACCGCCGCCACUACCAGUAAGAAGAAAGGCCAUAGCCGUGGUGGCGGCGGCUUGUCGCGAGGCUAAGUGCUUCCGUUUGAUGGCUUUCCACAUUGUCGAUUUGCUUUGUAGUUGCUAGUUUCCAUCCUUGCUGAAUCAGUUUUCCUGCUCGGUUUUCUCGAGAUAUUCCUCCGUCUGAGUAUAGCAUAAGUAGAACGAAAAUUGAUGAAAUUUGUAUUAUAGACCGUAGGUAGUACAGUUACAAAUUGUGAAAACUCUUGUUGAUUCAAAAAAGGAGAUUAUUGCAAAACGUUAAUAGUGAAACAUUUUUACUAGUAUUGAUCACUUGAAGAGAUAUAGUAGAGGAAGUCUUUACGUUUAGCAUACUGAAACACACAAACCUUCGAAUUGAGGUGUCUUAGGAAGUAAAUGCAAGUAGAAAAGCCUCGAGAGCGACUGUAAAAUACUUUAAAUUAUGAACGAAAAAGAAUAAUAUAAAAUCAUUUGAUUCAGCUGUGAUUUGAGAAUAUUUUAGAUAGAUUUACAAACUAAAACAAAACAUACUAGAAACUGAUGUAAACCGACUUAGUAAUAAUGGAUAAAAGUUAGCAAAUCAAUUUUACCAAUUCGAUUGAUAGUCAGUGAAAUAAAAACCUAGGAGGCAUUUAUUUCAAACCUCGGAUACGAGCUUUUCCAAUUAGAUAGUCAGUCACAUCCGCUUAGAGGCCAUGACGGUAUUUCUUUCGUCCUUGAGCAAUUGGCCCAUUAUACCCGAGACAGCUUGCAUGCCGGACGAUUCGCAAUGCACAAUUAGUUAAUAUUAGUUUUUAAAACCUUAAUUUAUGCAGGACAGUAUUUGUGUUCCCAAGGGCGUCCCUUAGCUGAGUCGGUUAAGCCACAUGGGAUUCAAACCCCAGUCCGGCUGGGGAAAUUCCUCGACUUGCCUGGGCAUAAUUGGGCUUGUGCCGCACAAUAUACCAAUGCAAAAGUGGCACAAGCUUAGAAAGCUCUCAAUUAUCAACUGUGGAAGUGGUCAAAGAACACUUCAUUUGAGGGUAGACGUAAUAAUAGCUACGAUUCAAGAAGUAUUUUUUUAUCAGAAAUCGACAUUAGCGCGCACACAUUGUAACACAGUCAGCUUAGUUUCUAGAAAAUGUUUCGGACACUCCCGUACAAACAACGCUUAUGAUAUUAGUGGUCUCGUCUAACGUGUAGCGCCAAUCCGUAGGAAUGAUGCAUUCAUUUACCAUAAACUCAUGAAAAUCAUACACGAACGCAUAUAGUCAACAACUGCUACCGCUGUGAAAUUUAGUUUGUAUAUCGAGCAUUAGUUCUGUUAGAUGGUUUCAUUUCAGGAAAAUACAAUUGUGAUGCCUGUGUACAUACACAACCAA